CAUUUUGCACUGACUAGCCUCUAUCGCAAAUAAAGAAACAAUGGCGACGGCGGCGACUGCAGCGGGCGGAACGGGCUCCGGAGGACCAUCAGCCGGCCAAGCGGGCGCAGGUGCUUCGAUCGGACGGAAAAAAGAUGGAGGACCUUCUUCUAAAUUCUGGGAGAGCUCGGAAACGGUGUCCCAGCUGGAGACGGUUCGCCUGUGGAUCGGGAAACAUUACAAGAAGUAUGUCCAAACUGACUCUCCUACAAGCAAAUCUUUGACUGCACUGGUGGUGCAGUUGCUGCAGUUUCAGGAGGAUGCAUUUGGGCGUAGGGUCAGCAAUCCUGCUCUCACCAAGCUACCUGCCAAAAUCUUUCUGGAUUUCAAACCUGGAGGAGCACUUUGCCACAUUCUUGGAUCUGCCUAUAAGUUCAAGAGCGAGCAGGGCUGGAGGAGGUUUGAUCUGCAAAACCCGUCCAGAAUGGACAGAAAUGUUGAGAUGUUUAUGACUAUUGAAAAGACUCUUGUUCAGAACAACUCUUUGACUCGACCAAUUGUGUAUAUUGUGUCUGAUGUGGAGCAAAAGCAAGUCAGUAAACUCAAAGACAUCAUCAAGAGACAUCAGGGAACCAUCACUGAAGAUAAGUUGAAGGCCACUCAUAUCAUUUACCCCUCCCCAGCCCAGCUGGAAGAAGAGGAAUGGCUGCGUCCUGUUAUGCGCAAAGACAAGCAGGUGCUGGUUCACUGGGGCAAUUAUCCUGACAGUUAUGACACAUGGGUAUCAACAAGUGACAUUGAUGGAGAUGUUGAGGAUCCACCAAGCUCUGAGAAACCAUGGAGGGUGCAUGCUAAAUGGGUCGUCGACACAGAUGCUUUCAACGAGUGGAUGAAUGAGGAAGAUUAUGAGGUGGAUGAAAACAAAAAGCCUGUUAGUUUUCGCCAGCGGAUCUUCCCAGGGGAAGAAGUGUCUUCCCGUACACCCGAUCGCAAGGAACGAAAGUCCCUGGUUGCUGGCAAGAAGAGGAGACGCUCUCCCUCCCCACCCAGCACCCCUGCGGAGUCUCGCAAAAAGGGCAAGAAAGGGAAUCCUGGAUCACAGUGGAGGCGCCGUGGACAUCAAAAUGAUGAUGAGCAAGAUGAAGACCUCACGAAGGACCUGGAAGAUCCCUCCCCUGUGCCAGGAAUGGAAGAGGUUACACUGUCAAAAAAUGUCAAUCAAAAAAAGGACAAUGAGAACACACCAGUAAAGGGCGGAACAGUUGCUGAUUUGGAUGACCAGGAAUAUGAUUCUGUAGCAUCUGGUGGCAAGGAUGAUGAAGAACAGGGCAAAACAGAGGUCAAUCGUCUGAUCGACUCGGAGGACAAUGUGACUGAGCAAACUCAUCACAUCAUUAUCCCCAGCUAUGCCGCAUGGUUCGACUACAACAGUAUACAUGAAAUUGAGAGGCGUGCCCUGCCAGAGUUCUUCAAUGGCAAAAACAAAUCUAAGACUCCAGAGAUAUAUCUGGCUUAUCGGAACUUCAUGAUUGACACAUACCGGCUGAAUCCUCAAGAGUACUUGACCUCCACCUCCUGCAGGAGGAACCUCACUGGAGAUGUGUGUGCUGUCAUGAGGGUGCAUGCUUUCUUGGAGCAGUGGGGACUGGUAAACUACCAGGUUGAUGCAGAGAGCAGACCCCUCCCUAUGGGCCCUCCACCAACCCCACACUUUAACGUACUAGCUGAUACUCCCUCCGGCUUGGUGCCGCUGCACCACCGCCCUCCUCAGGUUCCCUCUGCACAGCAGAUGCUGAACUUCCCAGAAAAGGACAAAGACAAGCCAACUGACCUGCAGAACUUCGGCCUCCGUUCAGAUGUAUACACAAAGAAGAAUCCCAAGGGUAAAGGAGCCGCUGGUGGCAGAGAGUGGACUGAACAAGAAACUUUGCUUCUGUUGGAGGCUCUGGAGAUGUAUAAGGAUGACUGGAACAAGGUUUCAGAGCACGUGGGCAGCCGUACGCAGGAUGAGUGCAUCUUGCAUUUCCUGCGGCUGCCCAUAGAGGAUCCAUACCUGGAGAGUUCUGAAGCCUCGCUAGGUCCUCUGGCUUACCAGCCGAUACCCUUCAGCCAAUCAGGAAAUCCUGUCAUGAGCACUGUUGCAUUCCUCGCCUCUGUGGUCGACCCACGUGUGGCAGCUGCUGCUGCAAAGGCAGCUCUGGAGGAGUUCUCCCGUGUGCGUGAGGAGGUGCCAAUGGAGCUGGUGGAGGCGCAUGUAAAGAAGGUGCAGGAGGCAGCACGCAACACAGGAAAAGUGGACCCUGCAUUUGGCCUUGAGAGCAGUGGCAUUGCUGGCACCGCACCUGAGGAGCCAGAGAAGACAGAAACGACAGAGACAGAGAAGAUGGAAUCAGACUCUGACUCCCAGCAGCCUGAUAAGGCAGAGUCAAAGGAUGAAGCAGAGAAGCCCAGCGAGUCUGCUGAGAAGCCAGCAGAGGCAGAGAAGGAAAAGAACGAGACUACAGAGAAGUCUGAGCCACAGCAUGAGGAGGAGGAGGAGAAAGAGAAUGAGUCAGGAGGCGCAAAGACUGCAGAGAAAGAAAAGGAGGAGCCCAUGGAGACCACUGAAGAAGGGAAGGAGGGAGAGGAGGAGCAGGAGGAAGGAAAAAAAAAGCUGGAGUUGGAUAUCGGCGAGGGCAACAUUGCCACUGCUGCCGCUGCUGCUCUGGCUUCUGCUGCCACCAAGGCAAAGCACCUGGCUGCAGUGGAAGAGAGGAAGAUCAAGUCUCUUGUGGCUCUGCUGGUGGAGACACAGAUGAAGAAGCUGGAGAUCAAACUCCGACACUUUGAGGAGCUGGAGACCAUCAUGGACCGUGAAAAGGAAGCACUGGAGCUCCAGAGACAGCAGCUGCUGACAGAGCGACAGGCAUUCCACAUGGAGCAGCUGAAGUAUGCUGAGAUGAAGGCUCGUCAGCAGAUGGAGCAGCAGGCAGCCGCUGCACAGCAGAACGCAGGUGGACACCAUGGACCUGCCCCUCCUCUACACGGCCCACCUCCGGGCAUACACCCUGGACACCCGGGUCAUCCUGGGCACCCUGGCCCUGGAUAUCCACCAAUGCACCACGCCAUGGGUCCCCACCAUGGCCCACAGACAGGACCAAUGGUUGGACCAGGUCAGCCUAUGCCAGGCCGAAUUAUGCCUGGACCUUCCCCAGUUGGCCCCCCACAGGGCGGUCUGCCACCCAUGAUGGGACCUCGACACCCUGGACCACCCAACGGCAUGUUCCCAGGACCUCCCCCUCCUCAACCUACACAGCCUGAUGGGAUGCCUCCUGGCCCAGUGGGACCUCCUGCACUGCUUCCUCGUGCUGCUGAAAACUAAAAUAUAUUUCCCUGUCCCCUCAAACAUUUACACAUUCACACACAGAAACAAGUUUUACUCCUUGACUCCAAAAUUAAGCCAAGUCCUUUUGACUAGCUCUCAGACCUGCGCUGUUGAUUGCCUUGCUGAUGGGUGGGUCAUCUCUAAAGCCCCUCUUUCCCCAGCUGAGCACUCGCCUCCUCCCAGAAACAUUCUUACGCGCUCAGGGCACAAAGUCGAGAGUGCUGUCAUUCAUGCAUCUCUUGGCUAGUAAUAGCACUGGCUUCUGUUUUUUUUUUUUUUCUCUCUCUCAGAUGUUAGGGUUUGUUUUUAAGAGAGUGCUGCUGCUAACAGGCUUCUGUGUAUGGGAAGUGACACCACUGCUGGCGUCCGGCUCCUCCCUGUAAUGUGACUGAUGGAAUCGUAUGUGUAUAUUGUGCUAAUCCAUGUAAGCUAAGCCCUCUGAGACCAGACGGAGUGGACACCUUGCUGGAGUUCAAUUCGCUCUUUGAAAUCACACUGUAGUUAUGAGCCGGUCAGCAGUGUCUUGUCUUUUCUGCAGACCGGGAAAGUGGUGCACUAGAACCAGAUCUUUCCUCUGCCUUCCAUGUUUGUGGUGCGGUAUCCAUUUCAGCAUGGUUUCCCGGUGGCUUAUUUGAGCUUCCUUAUUAACAUUCUCAUCUAGCUAAGAAUCUACCUCACUGGUGCAAUUGUCUGUUGUAUUCAGUCUGUGUUCAUGAGCAUCACAUUGGUUUUACUGCAUCCGGCAGACUUGCUUUAUGAUUCUCUGCUUGGUCAGUCACAUUUUGACCUCAUAAUCCCCUGGCUAGAAUGGAGAUCAAUAAGAGAAUGAUAGAGGGGUGUAACUCAGACCGCCACCCUGCCAUCUCCAUAGCUGAGUGCUUUGCAGUCCUAAAUGUGCCCCAAGUACUGUAUCCACAAAAAAAAGAGCACACACCAAACUGCUGUUUUUAGAGAUGUACCCACAUUUGCAUUAAAGAGAGAGUUCACCUGAAAAUUUUAUUCUGGUGAACUAUCCCUUUAACCAAGUUUGCUUCAGAUACUGUGCAGAUCUGCAGAUACAUAUACACAACAACACACCACAUUAAAACCUCUAUUCGUUCUCUCUGAGAAUAACAGAGGUGAAUAUGGUAUCACACUGAAGUGAUGGAGGAACUCUGCUUAUUUUAGGUGUAGCUCGCCUUUUGUGCUCCUCCCUUAGGUGCUGACAGAGUAGCUGCCCCGCUUCGCUCUACCUCUCUCACUUUACUACCUCCUCCUCCUCUCUCUCUCUCUCUCUCUCUCUCUCUCUCUCUCUCUCUCUCUCUCUCUCUCUCCCGGUUAUGGCUGUUCUCUCUUUCUUUCUCUUUGUGUGCCCAUGUGACUGCUGCAUUACUGCUGUGUGGAGGCUGUUGUCCUCCUCCUCCUCAGGUGAACCAAACCCUCACUUCAACAUGGCCCACCUUGCUACACUACACACACACACACACACACACACACACACACACACACACACACACACACAUACACAUAUAACACACAUUUCCGCUUCCAUUACUUUUCAGGCUAUAUAUAUCAUAGGUGACAGGUGAAACCCUGUCCUCUGGAUCCCACCCCAUAUAUAUCUUUUAUUGCUUUCAUUUUAUGGUAAUAUAUUUUUAAGAAAAUAAAGUUUGUGUAGACUCUGUUAUCUCUGUUCUUGGAAGUUUGUAGCUUUCUCUUUUCAUUUUUAACCCGGCACAUUGAUACUGAGACCUGAACACUGUCAAAUAAAGUGGGUUUUUGUUUUUGUA